CAAGUGAAUGCCGCGAGGGUGUCGGGAUUUUGGAUAAAAAGUUUGCCGUGGCGGCUUCAGCAAAGUUUGGAGAGACGGAGGGAGGGGGACGCAAUUGCAAUUGUAUUGUAUAUCCGCGAGAGAGUAUGACCGAAGUCGAAGUGCAGAGCGCCCCACCGUCGGUACCUGUGGAAGACGAGCCACAGCCCGAGAGAAAAGUGAUAGCCACUCUGGUCCAAGGCACUGUGAAAUGGUUCAAUGUGCGAAAUGGAUACGGCUUCAUCAACAGAAAUGAUACGAAAGAGGAUGUGUUUGUCCAUCAGACUGCCAUCAAAAAGAACAACCCCAGGAAAUUCCUUAGAAGUGUUGGCGAUGGUGAAGUUGUUGAGUUUGAUGUUGUCGAAGCAGCCAAGGGUUCAGAAGCGGCCAAUGUGACGGGGCCGGGCGGUGUACCUGUCAAAGGCAGCCGCUACGCCCCCAACAAGCGCCGUUUCCGCCGGCGUUUCUUCCCGCGCAGCCCCCGACCCGACGAGCAGGGCAAGGCUGAGGAGGGCCCCGAGUGCCUGGGCUCUGAGGGCGAGGGAGCAGGUGACAACGACGGUCCGCAGCCUGCCCCACGACGACGCAGGCCGCGCAGGCCCAGACAGGAGGGUCAAGAGGGGGAAGGAGGUGAACAGAAGAAUGGAGUAGUUGCAGAUGGUGACCAGCAGAAGCUGCCACCUCGUAGAUUCAGACCCCAGUACCGCAGACCUGUGCGCCCUCGGCCACCUCCGGGAGAGGUUCCGGCUGAGGGCCAGGCUGUUCCGGCUGAGGGCCAGGCUGUUCCGGCUGAGGGCCAGGCUGUUCCGGCUGAGGGCCAGGCUGUUCCGGCUGAGGGCCAGGCUGUUCCGGCUGAGGGCCAGGCUGUUCCGGCUGAGGGCCAGGCUGUUCCAGCUGAGGGCCAGGCGGAGGCCCAGGGGGAGGCUAGGAAGGGGGGCCAGGACGACCAGCAGACCAACGGGGAGCUGGACGGGCAGAAGCCUCGUCGACAGUUCAGCCGGCGCCGACAGAGGAACUCUGAGUCUUCAGCCUCAAAGAAUGGAACGGAGAAAUCGGCCUCAGAGCCCAGCACACCCCCUCAGUCCUCGAAGCCAGCCGACCUCAAGUCCUCCCCAGUGUCCUCCCCCAAGUCCUCCCCCAAAACCUCUCCAAAGGACUCCCCCAAAACAUCCCAGAAGUCACCUAAGACAUCUACCCCGACAGUUCCGGCACCGGCAGAGUAACGGCUGAGAGAGGACCUCUUUGCAUGACCCCUGGCAAGAGGUCGUAGGGGUUGGUAAACUCUGUUACCGGGCCUAUCAACACACCCACUGCUCUGUGAAUUACCCCCCCCCCCCAACACACUCACAUACUCCCCUCUCCCCUCCCUGCAAUUCACCUCUCUUCUUGACCCCUGCCCCCUCCCCACCGACAGUCUUGUCUUGUCUAGGCACUGCUUAUUGGAAGGGGAAUGCUCGGGUAGUGAAGGGUUUUGUGCAUGCAUAUUUAGAAAUUCUAAGUGAACCUUAAAAUAAUAAUAAUCUUUAGAAAAUUAUUGAAAUAUGCUUCGAUACCCCGUUAUACAACAUGACCCCAGGUAGUUUUCUUUGACUGAGAAGGGCAGGAGAAGCAACGAGGAACCAGCCUCGAUUUUAAGUUUGACGAGGGGGAAGCGAAG